AUGAAACGCCAUUAUGUUGACACUGGGAAUGAGAAGGAUCUGCCCUAUAUCAAGGCUCCAUGCCAAUCUGCUGAGGAGUUGGAUGAUGUGACCUGGGUACCUUUGUGGAAGCAGGCAGGAGAUGUGAAGGAAGAAGAAUGUGCACCCGUCCCUGGACCUUCAAUAAGCAGAGCCCAAGACGCUGGCUUAGAGUUCAAGGCUCAUAGUCAGCAGGGGAGGAGUAGAACUCUCUCAGCUUACCAGUCUUGUUCACAGUAUUACUCUUGCUUCUCUUCCAUAACCAACCCAGAGGAGAACAAGUCUCAGCAAAACAUGUAUGCCUUUUACACCCGGGUUCGGACAGUCCGGGGUGUGGCUGUGGCCUGGGAGACAGAGUCUGGGUUUGAGCCAAUUGGUAUUAGACCUCGGGUAAGGGAGGCUGAAUUCCCAGAGAGGCAAAGGAGGGCCGACUCUCCCCCUGAAAGUAUUUCUACUAGCGACUUGGUCAGUGAGAUUGAUUCUUGGGAGGGAGAUGCCUUUCAGGAAUUUGAAGAGUCUGAGACACCAGUACCAUCAGAUUGUACCCAAGAGAUAAGGGAAACACCUGAUUGGCUGAUCACCACAAACUAUGGCCUCCGCUGCUUGGCCUGUUGCAGAAUCUUUCCCAACUUGGAAGGCCUCUUACACCAUGCCCAGCAUGGGAUCAAGGAGGGCUUCAGCUGUCAUAUUUUCUACCGGGAAAUGCUUCAGAGAAGACAGUUUCAGAAUCAGCUGCUGCAUCAACCACCAGAGGACCAGGAUCAGGGCCAGGCCCAUAGUAGUGAGCCUAGCAGAAAGCCUCAAGAAAAACGAAUCUUGCCAGAACUUGAAUGCUUAUCAGCAACAACAGCAAAUGAGCAGUGUUCCAGGAAGUCCUAUGUCAUCUCCAAGGGAAUGGAUCAGCAGAGAGAUCAAGAACAGAGCUAA